CCGGGUUUGGUACUAUUUGUGCAAACUCUUAUAGUUCCGAUCAAACCUUAAGGUGACAUCUCGGCAACCAGAAACUCUGUUUUCCAGUGCCCGCAUUAUACGAAACACAAAUUCCGACAGUCUGGGUGAUGCUUUUUCCCUUAUUGCCUUACCAAGAAUACAUUACCUCAAAUCAAUCCCCUUUCUCUCUCGUUUCCUUCAAACCUAACCUUUUACCACUUCCCUCGACGGAUGGGCCACCGUCUCGACUAAGUCGCCGCCAUGGCUUCUGAUACAAUCACACCGGUGAUGGCGCCGCCAGCUGGGCAGACAUCUAAUUUCGUCAAUCCGGAUUAUAACGGCGCUAGAUUCGUGGCAGUCAAUUGCAUCUUUCUGCCAUUGGCUGUACUUGCACUGGCAGUGCGGACAUGGACGCGAUUGUUCGUUGUGCGAAGCUUCCGUGUGGAUGACUAUCUGAUGAUUCUUGCUACUGUACGUGGCUUUGCAAUGACUAUGGAUUAGAUAUAUUGCAAAGUUUUGCUAAUAGAAGGCAUGGCAUUUGCAGUUAUUAUCAUGCGUUCUUACUGGAGUAACCUUGGAAAUGCUUAAUUGGGGUUUGGGAAGGCACAUGUGGGAUGUGGAACUGGUUCGGUUCUCACCAAUGUUUUCUAAGCUGAACGUCAUUGCCGCCAUCAUUUAUUGCGCCGCAACUGGCUUCACCAAGGUCUCCGUUCUCGUGUUCUACCUCCGUAUUUUCCCAAGUCGCAACUUCCACAUCGCAGUCUGGUCAAUCGUCUUCAUCGCCGCUGGUUACAGCUUUGCUAGUAUCCUCGCCAAUAUUUUCAGCUGCAAUCCAAUCGCUAAAUCCUGGGACUUGUCUAUCACAACUGGUUCCUGUAUGAACAGGCCGGUGUUUUACUUCGCUAAUGCAGGAUUGGGCAUAUUUACAGACUUUGCGACUGUCGCAGUCCCAGUACCAUGGCUUCGUCGACUACAAAUGCCUAUCCGUCAGAAAAUUGCCGUUGGCGGUAUCUUGGCCAUGGGUUGCUUUGUUGGAAUCGUUAGCUGCAUUCGUCUCGGCAGUCUUUACACUCUCCUCAAAAGCCCCGAUCUCACCUGGACGACUACCGACGCGCUCAUGUGGUGCGUUAUCGAGCUCAACCUCGGAAUCUUUGGCGGCAGCGUCACAGCCAUCAGACCGUUCGUUCGCAAAUACUUCCCCAGCCUAUUGGGCCUGUCAUCUGGAGGUGGAUACUACUCCUCUCAAUCGCGAUCUCACAAGCACGGACAUCCCCUCGGGUCGAUCCCUCAUAGCGACCGAGUUAACUUCACUAAUCAAGACAAUCAAUACACGACCACACUCACUACACUAAGAGGUGCACCAGACAACGGCAGUGAAGAGCAUAUUCUAGCCUCUCAGCCCGACGGCCACGCUAAGGAUGCCGAUGGGGCGACCGGUAUUAUUCGAACCGUCGAGUUUGAUGUGGAAAACAGCUCCACUGCUGCUGCAUGAGCCUCUUAUGCUUCUUGUACCUCCAUUUUCUUAUAUCUAUCUAGGAGUCUAUUGACAUAUAGACCUGACGAUCAACAAUUAAUAUAUAUGAUGACCAAUAAUUGUUCA